GGGGAGCAAGCCAGGCCUCCUGCUGCAGCUGCCGCCGCUGCAUCGGGGUGUGCAGCCCCGGGCCAGGCCCCGGCCGGGGCAGGAGCGCAGCAGGAAGCUUGGAUAGGAGUCCUCAGUCCUCCUUCACUGACCUUGACUUACAAGAUGUUUGAUUCUGAUUUAACCAAUCAAAUGGAGGAAUGAAGCAAUAUAAAACUGUUUGGGCCUCUGUACCUAGAAAGGGUCUCUCAGCUGGUGAGCUUUGCAUUCGGGUGAACAGUGAGGGGCCCAUUGUCCUUGAGCCUCUGUUAUGCACCUAAAGCCAUAUUGGAAACUCCAGAAGAAAGUGCUGCCUCUGGAAGUCAGCAAGGAAACUCUGAGAACUCCCACAAGCCACCAAGAAGCCCUAAAUGAUGAAAAAUGCAAAGCUAGCUACAUGAAACCCAGUGUCUUUCCUUCCAGCGCUCCUGGUAAAGCAUCAUCUCGAAAGCCUUUUGGGAUCCUUUCUCCAAAUGUUCCGUGCAGCAUGAGUGGGAAGAGUCCUGUAGAGAGCAGCGUGAAUGUUAAAACCAAGAAGAAUGCGCCAUCUGCGACAAUCCACCAGGGUGAAGAAGGAGAGGGGCCGCUUGAUAUCUGGGCUGUGGUGAAACCGGGAAAUACCAAGGAGAAAAUUGCAUUCUUUGCAGCCCACCAGUGUAGCAAUAGGAUAGGCUCUAUGAAAAUCAAAAGCUCCUGGGAUAUUGAUGGGAGAGCUACUAAAAGAAGAAAAAAAUCAGGGGAUCUUAAAAAAGCCAAGAUACAGUUAGAAAGGAUGAGGGAAGUCAACAGCAGGUGCUACCAGCCUGAGCCUUUUGCGUGUGGCAUUGAGCACUGUUCUGUGCAUUAUGUGAGUGACAGUGGGGACAGCGUCUAUGCUGGGAGGCCUCUGUCGGUCGUACAGAUGGUUGCCUUCCUUGAGCAAAGAGCCAGUGCUCUGCUUGCCAGUUGUGCAAAAAACUGCACUAACGCACCUGCCAUGGUGAGGUUUUCUGGGCAAUCCAGGGGUGUGCCCCCCGCCUCUGAGCCCUUCUCUGCCCCAGGAGCUUGUGAAGAACCCACGGAAAGGGGAAAUCCUGAGGUUGGUGAACCACAGAGUGAGCCAAUCCGUGUCCUCGACAUGGUAGCCAGGCUGGAGUCUGAGUGUCUGAAGCGGCAGAGCCAGCGUGAGCCUGGGAGCCUCUCGAGGAAUAACAGCUUCCGGCGGAAUGUAGGCCGGGUGUUGCUUGCAAAUGGCACUCAGGCCGAUGAAAGCAAAACAAACAAAGGCGCCUUGGAGGCACCUGACACUCAGGUGAAUCCCGUGGAGUCUGGAUCUGUGGACUGUGGCCCCUCGAGAGUUGACAGCUGUUCUCUUAAGGGGGACCAGGCCUGGGAUGGUGCUCCUCGGGGCUGUCCCUCACUGCCAGCCGGUGUGAGUUUCCACAGGGACAGUGCAGCGUUAGAGCCAGAUCAGCAAACUGCUGUGAAAAACAGCAAUAGAUACGAUGUGGAAAUGACAGAGGAACUUGUUGAGGCACCUUUUCUUCCUCGUACGUGUCCCCAAGCCAUUGAGUUGCCCACAGAUGCUGUUGAUUGUAUGAGUAGAGAGCUGGUGCCACUCACUAGCCACAAUCCUGAUCAGAGAAGAAACGAAUCCGUGUGCAUUAGUAUCGCUGUGUCCAAGGUAGAGAAAGACCAGCCUUGUAGUUUGAAGUCCUGUGAAGACCCACUUCCAGGGAUGUUGUUUUUUCUGCCACAGGGUCAGCACCAGUCGGACUGUUCCCAGUUGAAUGAAAGCACAAUAAAAGAGUCUUCCCAGGCCGACCAGCUUGAAGAUCCUGCUGAGGCUGGCAGUGCAUCCAAGGAAAAAAGCGUUUCAGCCGAUUCCUUUGUCCCGCCAGCCUCUCCUGCAGAAAGUACAGUACUGGUGCUUGAGGCGUCCAGUUGGAAGAAGCAGGUGUCUCAUGACUUUCUAGAGACCAGGUUUAAAAUCCAGCAGCUCUUGGAGCCUCAGCAGUACAUGGCUUUCCUACCCCACCACAUUAUGGUGAAAAUCUUCAGGUUACUUCCCACCAAGAGUUUAGUGGCUCUUAAGUGUACCUGCUGCUAUUUCAAGUUUAUCAUCGAAUACUACAACAUCAGGCCAGCAGAUUCUCGCUGGGUUCGUGACCCGCGCUAUCGAGAGGAUCCUUGCAAGCAGUGCAAGAAAAAAUAUGUGAAGGGGGAUGUGUCCCUGUGCCGGUGGCACCCCAAGCCCUAUUGCCAGGCACUGCCCUACGGGCCGGGGUACUGGAUGUGCUGCCACCGGUCUCAGAAGGGCUUCCCUGGCUGUAAGCUGGGGCUUCACGACAAUCACUGGGUCCCUGCUUGCCACAGCUUCAAUCGGGCAAUCCAUAAGAAAGCGAAAGGGACUGAAACUGAAGAGGAAUAUUAAAGUCUGUGUUAGAGGCGGCAAAAUGCUGAUUUUUGAAACUGCAAACCACCACCUGGACAUACCGUUCAAGUGUGUUGUUGCCCCUCCGAGUCACCACGCCAGGAGGACCUGUACUUACUCUGUCAGGACUGCCACUGCUCAGGCAUUUACUUUACACGCUGUACAAGAAAAUUGGUCUCUGUUUUAUGGUGGCGCCUCACGUUUGAUCCAGGGUGGUAGCCCACAGUUUGAUUCACUUUGCUGUGAGUAAUUAUGCCUGUUUUCCCAAAUCAAAUCCAUCCUCAAAGGACAAAGACUUGCCACCAUCAAGGAUGUUCAGAAGACUGUGCAGGCGAUCCCCCUAAAGGGUUCCGGAAAAGUUUUGAGCACUGGCACCAUAUAUGAAAGAAGUGAAUAGUGUCCUAUGAAGAGAAGAGCAGCUCUCUUGGAUGAGCAGUAUGCUUACAAAGGAAAAGGCAGGCACCUUACCUACACCUCGUAUGCUUGAUCCUGUGAGAUGGAUGUUUGUGGUCGGGAUGGAUUUCAUGCCCUAUGGUGUUUACAGUGUAUAUAAUGGUUGUGUUUUCAUAGGGCUGUGAAAGUGCACAUUAAACCCGAGCGCCUUUACCUUAGAUGAGUGCUUUGGGCCCCUCUGUAAAUAACACCAUUAAAAUCCAGUUGUGUGUAGUGGACGCUGAUUGAACAACGUAAUCACCACAACGCAGCUAGUGUAGUGUUGCGGCUACAGUUGUGAGGUUUUUUUUUAAUCGUCUCAAAUUUGUACAUCCUGUAUAAACUAUGAAUGUUUCCCAAAUAAACUAUGAAUGUUUCCUGUAUAAUAUAUGAAUGUUUCGAGAAGAAACUCUAAAUAGUUAAGAGGUUAACCUGUUGAAAAGAUACCAAAUAAAUAAUGGUUUAACUGGACAACUUUAAAAUUAGCAUAGAGAGCAAUCCUUUGUUAUAUUUUAGUGAUCCACCAAGAAUGAGAGAAUAUUAUAUAGUCAGAUUAUAACAUUCUUGUCUACUUUAUUCUUUCUGUCUGGUUACAAAAUUUUUUUUUAAAUUUCAAUAAAAACAUGCAUCUUAAAUGGGA